AUGUGCUACUACGGCAACUAUUAUGGCAACCUGGGCUGUGGCUGUGGCUAUGCUGGCCUAGGUUAUGGCUAUGGCAGCCUGGGCUGUGGCUAUGGCUGUGGCUAUGGCUGCGGCUAUGGCUGUGGCUAUGGCUGUGGCUAUGGCGGGUGUGGAUAUGGUUGCUGUCGCCCAUCAUGCUGUGGGAGAUACUGGUCCUACGGAUUUUACUGA